AUGACUGAACCCCUCGAAAAGAAACCCGACCCCCCGGACUACAUGUACCCACCCAUUGCCGAACCCCUCCUCCUCCGCUCGAUGAUCAACCAGGACAUCUACCUCCUGGGCGCGCUCUUCACAAUCCUUUGCCAGUUCGCACAUCCAGCACUCGCAAAGGGCAGCUACAAACAUUCCCAAUUCGCCUACCGCUUUCAGCAACGCCUCCGAAAAACGGGGUGUUUCCUCAACGUCGCAGUAAACGGGACGGACGAGGAGAAGACGGCUAUAUUUGGCGUCGUGCAUAAAUACCAUAGCCGCGGAAAUGAAGGGGGACGGAUAUAG